CACCAACUCACCCCUCUCGACUUUCCCUGCAAUAGUGAGUCAGAUAAGCUCUCCAUCUUCCUUUAAAUUUUCUCACCCUCAUCAUCUUUCAGGUCUAAACCCUCCAAGCGACACACGAGAGGGGUAGCCGGGCAGACUUCAUCUUGACAUCGUCCCAGUCAUUGUGCUGUUGGCCGUGUGAGGUUGUUAGUCACCACACUCCCUCAACAGAACGGCCAGUUUCAGCUGUCACUCAUUCAACAACUGUGUGCCCUUCGUCUCUUCCCUUUUCAAAGCCAGUUCCUACAACUCACUCGCCACCUUUACUUUGAACAACCAGCUCAAACAUCAUGACAAGAGUGACCAUGGACACGAGCUCUUUCAGCUCAUUCACUCCCCGGGAGCCUCAAACCGACCGCCCUCCAAGAGAGCCGGCCCCUCCCACUCCCUUUAUCUCUUUCAUCAAGCCUCAAGGCCAGCUCUGGAACUACAACCGGCACAAGACCCACGAAGACCAGCCAGGCAACAUCCCCAAGGCUUUCCUCGAUGCCAUGAGCGUCAGAGAGAAGGUCUACGUCGAAGAACAGGGCGUUGCCUUGGAGAACGAAUUCGACAGUGACGACCACCGUAGCUGCCACUGGGUAAUCUACGCUUCUGUCCUCACCACCAUCCUCCCAGCCAUCCUAGACCCCCGAACCGGCAGGCUCGUCCGCCCCCGUGUCACCAGGACCACCUCCCUCCCCAUCGGCACCCUCCGCCUAGUCCCCUUUCCCCACUCAGCCCACCCCCGCAACGGCGGCAUCUACUUAAACGGCCUCCUCACCAACGUCGGCGACCCCGUCCGCCCUAGAAGCAGCGAGACGGUCCAGGCCCUCCAGCCCCAGGAGAUCCAAGGAGGCAACCGUCGCAACUCCCUCUAUAUCCGCGACUUCCCCACCACCUUCCACAACGGUCAGGAGCCGUACGUGAAGCUCGGUCGUCUGGCUGUCCUCAAGGAGUACCGUAACAAGGGAAUCGCGGGCCAGCUUGUGCGCGCCGCAGUUACCUGGAUGCAGACGAAUUACACCAUCUUCAACCCUAGCCCUUCCGUGUUGGGCUUUGACAGACUGGGCAUGGACGUGACGGGCCAGCUGCCUAAGUGGCGGGGCCUGUUUUGCAUUCAUGCGCAGGAGGAGGCGGUCAAGGUCUGGGAGAGGUAUGGGUUCAAGGUGGACGAGAAGAUGGGAAAGUGGUGGGAGGAGGGGAUCCCGCAUGUGGGCAUGUGGUUGAGGGUUCCGGUUGGCAAGGGGGGUCAUACUGUUGCCUGA